UCCAAACAACAUAAACCAUAAUGGAAAACAUGCUUGGUAAUAAAUAGAUACCUCUAAAAUACUGCAAACAGUUUCAAGCUAAGAUUUUCGGUGGACUUGGGGACUCUCCUCUGCUCUGGUUAGCAAAGAGUGUGCCUUUAACUGUAAGGUGUGGGUGAAGUGUAGAAAAGUGUAUUCUGGACAAUUGUGCUGGCAGUCAUCUAAAUUUUGCUUAUGAAAAUUUGCACUUCGCUAGAUUUACACUAUUAUUGAAUUUAUCGUAAGUUAAUUUCAGCACCCCUAUUGAAAGGCAAUGCGCUCGUCCCGUGACCUUUGGCACAGUACAAUGGCCGCUGGCGACCGAACUUGUGCCAACUUUACGAUCACGAGACCUCUAUUACUGUAAAUAGUCGAUCCUCUGCGUAUUUCAUUGAAUCCUACCUACAGCGUUGAUAUUCUAGGUCCUCUAGAGCUGUUUUAGCGACGAUAUAUGCCAUGAAGAUGGCUCUAGUGACGGUUCUAACGGUGCUAUGCAUGUGCAGCACGGUCUGCUUUGUUUCCGCUAAACCUGUUUCGCCGCUCAACAAAACGCUCAACUUGCCCGAACUCCAUGUCAGGGGAACGCACUACGAGGUCGGCUACACCAUCGGGUACACCUUCAGAGAGCGGAUCCAAGACUUCUACACAAAGUACACCCUCCUUCACGACAUCCUAACGCCUUUCUACAAGUCGGAGAAGGGGAAGGCGAUCGUCGAAGGCUUCUUGAAAGUCGCAAAUGACUCGUUCCCGCAGUACGUGUCCGAGCUAACCGGUAUGAGUGACGGAGCUGGGGUGCCUUUCAUACAAGCCUUCCUGCUAACCACCAGGCACGAAAUCCUGCUAAUGGAAAGGAAAAGGGACGUUUCUUCUUGCUCCGACGUUUUCAUGGAUAUCGCGAACCAGAGAGUCCUCGCACACAAUGAGGACGCCGACCCCCUGAUCAAGGAUCACGCGUACCUGAUCCAUGCCCAGGUCUCUCCGUACAAGCUCCCUAACGGGACACAGAUCGGAGACUGGGAGUACUUCACUGCCUACACGUAUCCUGGGCAUCUGCCGGGAUGUGCCUUUGGACACAACUUGAAUGGGAUGGUUUUUACGGUCAACGCUGUGUUCCCUAAAAACAUACAGCCUAAUAAGCAAGUUCGUUACAUGUUGAACAGAGCCAUGCUGGUAGCCAGGGAUCCCAGUGAGGCCCUGGACAUCAUAACCAACAAGAAAGGUCCAGGUGUAGCCUCUGGCUUCAGUGUAAACAUCGGAUAUGCAUCAGACUUCAGCAAACUGUACAACAUUGAGGUUGCACCGACGGUACCCAACUUACCACAGUACUCCCAAACUGUUCUGGAUGUACAGGGCCAGGAGCAUUACUUCCACUUCAACAUGUAUGAUAAACUAAAUGGCACAGUGCCACAGUAUGAAGAUCCCAGCACGGAGCAUCGCAAGGCCAGAGCUGCACAGAUGGCAAGUCCCUAUGAUCUGAAGAACAUUGUGGACAUACUUGGGGAUACACAGGACCCUGACUAUCCAAUAUACAGAACUCCAAAUAAUAAGGAUGGUGCAGAGACUGUGGCAACAGCUAUAUAUGACUUCAGCCAGGGUCAUUUCCUUGUCUACCUUGACAACCCCAAGGCAGGGUAUGCUGGCAAUCCCAUCAUCCAGAGAUUCUUCCCAAGCUACUGAUCAAGAUGGUAUCAAAUAAUGUAACUGCACGUGAUGCUGCAAUGUUGCUGGCCAUGGUAACAUUCCUAGUUUAGUUAAUGGUAAAUCCUCCCUACACCAGAUGGUGCAUAGGGUGGAAACGUCUUUUUAAAGUAAUAAGUUGUUCUUGUGUCACACAAAUUUGUGCAAUCACUACAACAGGGGGGGUAGACUCGGGUUUUAGAUUGUGUUUAACUACCAUACCCUUUCAAACUAGUGAAUGAUAAGCAGAGAAAGCAAUAUCUAUCAUUCUUAAAGUGAUACGACUCAGCCAGUAAUCAAACUCAAGACCUGCCAAAAGGCAAACACUCUACUCACUAUGCCAUUGCGCCAGUCCUAAAUAACAUUGCAAUAUUUUUAACAAACUAGAAUGCAGAUUCUUACCUGGGAAUCAUUUGCUGUUAAUUACAUUAUGAGAAUUAAAAGUGUGAUACAUAAAAGUAAAUGUAUGGGGAUAGGAGCCAUUUAUGGAAUACAGUGUAAUUGAACAUGUGUACUGGAUGUAUCUAUGCAAAGAAAUUAAGAUGUUCAAAUCCUUUGAGUCUUUGUCUCUAAAGAGAAGAAAUUAUAGUAUGAAAGUGUCCUUUGCUCUUGCUGCAUUUACAUGUUUAUUCCCUUCAGGCACUUUCUAUAUCUCAUAUUUUGUCAAAGGUUUAUGUUGAUUCAGUUUACUCCAAUGAUUAUAUAGAUGCAAGCAGAUGUGUCACUUCCAGCAGAAAUUUUUAUUCCAAGUGUUCUUAUGUGAUGUUUUUAAAGUAGACUACUGUUAUAGAAAGUAGAAUAAUGUUAUGAUUUGGCAGUAUAAUGUUGCUGCAUUCAAUGAACAUUGUUGCAUAAUCUAAGACACUAGUCUUACCAAUGAAUAUGUUUUUAAAAUGUAUACAGUGGUUGCACAAUUGUUAUUGUUGAAUUCUACAUUUACUAUCUAGAAUGUUUGAAUACCAUGAUUGCCACUGCUUAGUCUUAGAAGCUACCAUGUAAUCUACUUACUUAUGUUUAUGAUGGCUUAUCUGACAAACUACAGUGCACAGAUUUAUUAUUGAUAAGUUUUAAGGAGAAUUUUACAACUCACACUACCAUUG